CGUAACGUUAGGUGUGUUUGUCGGCUGUUAACGCCCACUCGGUGUUGCUCAUUUUGCUGAGGGGCUGCCCCAUUCAUAGGGCCAGUAGGCAGGCAGGCAGGCAAACUGCGGGAGCGGCUAAACACCAUCUACGACGUAGUGUGUGAGCCAAAUGAUGGUCUAUCACUGAAAACACCAGGCGAGGUUGAACUGCGGUAUCAUCGUCAGCCGUUUCGACAUCGGAAACACUCUCAUGUAAAACCGAAACCGCCCUCUCAGGAAUGGGAUUUUGAAUGUCUUGAUGAAAUACCGGAGGAGCUCUCCUGUGUUCGACCUGUCGCGGAAAUAGACUGACUUCCUAGUCGCCUGCUCCCACCGCUGCCGCAGACCCGGCCACCCUACACGGCUCGUUAAACCCAGGCUGUCCGCGGACCUCCUGGCUCUGGCAUCUGGACACAUCGGAACUGGUCUAUCGUCGUUGUAGAUACGCAAACGUGCCUGUGUGUGUGUGUGUGUGUGUGUGCUUUCGCUGCCUGUAUAAUGCCGACACAUUUGCGGUUCCGGAGAAGGUCAUUCCUUGGGCUUUUAUUCCUCUUUUCACUGUCCACCUCCGCAUUGUACUUCAUCUACUCCGCCCCCGGGAUCGUGAAUGAGUAUGUGUUCAUGGUCCAAGCCAGAGGGAUCCAGAUCAGAGAGAACGUGAAGAACAUUGGGGCUCAGGUUCUGGAGCAGGUGGUGAGAGGGGCUUACAGCAUCAAUGGCACAGACUAUUCCUAUGACUUCAAUGUGAGCGAGAGUGAUGAUCCUCCCACCACAUACCUCCCAGAGGGCUUCACCUACCUCUCCUCCCAGAUUUGCCCUGAGAGACUGCCCUCCAUGAAGGGCAGGUUGGAGGUGAAUAUGAGUGAGAUAUCUUUGGAGGAGGUGGAGAGAUCCUUGCUGGAGGGAGAGCCUCGCAUGGCCCAAGGAGGCUACUGGAAGCCCAAAGACUGUUUACCUCGCUGGAAGGUGGCAAUCCUAGUCCCGUUCAGGAACCGACAUGAACACUUACCCAUUCUCCUGAGACACCUGGUGCCAGUGCUACAAAAACAGAGACUCCAGUUUGCCUUUUAUUUCAUAGAACAGGGGGGCACAGAGCCAUUUAACCGAGCCAUGUUGUUCAACGUGGGCUAUAAGGAGGCUAUGAAGGACCUGGACUGGGACUGUCUGAUUUUCCACGAUGUGGAUCACCUCAUGGAGAACGAUAGAAACUACUACGGCUGCACAGACAUGCCUCGACACUUCGCGGUCAAACUCGACAAGUACUCCUACAUGCUCCCAUAUAAUGAGUUCUUCGGUGGUGUCAGUGGCCUGACGGUGAAGCAGUUCAAAAAGAUUAAUGGAUUUCCUAAUGCAUUCUGGGGCUGGGGAGGAGAGGACGAUGACCUCUGGAACAGAGUGCGGUAUGCCAAUUACACCGUAAGUAGACCACACGGAGAGCAGGGACGCUACAUGUCAAUUCCUCAUCACCAUCGCGGGGAAGUCCAGUUCCUGGGAAGGUAUAGUUUACUACGCCAUUCAAAGGAGAGACAGAAAGUGGAUGGUCUUAACAACCUAAACUACUCCCCCAUAGUGUCCAGGAGGCCUCUCUACACCAACAUCACAGUCAGCUUGAGCAGAAAGCUUGCACCCGUAGCUGACUACUGACGUAGGCACAGCUGGACUGCAAAACACCUGGGAAUCAAAGUCCUUUGGGACAUCAGCCAUAUCUCACCAGUUGCAGCACUGCUUAGAACUUUUUAGUUGACUGAUUAUUUGCUUUGUUUAUUUUGUUUGUAUGCAAAAAAAAAGGAGACUCAAAUAAGUAUGUUGGAUAAAUCAUAAAAGAAAUUAAGGAUAAAUGCUGCACUUGCUUGUGCCACAGUCCAUCACUCCUCUCAUCUGGGCUUAUCUAGUGUUCAGUCUCCACAUGCCUUUUGCACCAUUUUGGCCUUCAGCAUCCAUCCAUCCAUCCAUCCAUCCAUCCAUCCAUCCAUUCAUUCAUUCAUUCAUUUUCUUAUUCAGUCAACUAUUAGCUCAGCCCUACACUAUUGUGCUUGUUUAUUAAAAUAGGCCACAAUACGCACGCACAUUCAUGACAUGGUCCCUGAAGCUUCAAUUUUUUAUUUUGCUGUUGUUCUUAUCUUAUUUUAACAAAUGCAGUAAACCUGUGAAAACAUUUGCAUGCACACAACACCAUGCAGCAACUUUAACCGAGUGGACUCUUGCAGCUGGUUCUGCAGAAGAUAUGCCAAAUCUACAAGUGAGGAGAGCAAGAGAAAAUGAAAUAAAAAAGAGUGAGUGUUUUCAGUCAUGUAUACUGUAUGUGAAAUAGUUUAUCCUAUGUUUAGAGAAUAUUAAUACCUUAAUCAUCUCUUACAAGCUAUAUUUUGUCCUGUGAACAUACCAUUUAAAGACUGUGAUGUUUGUAUUUGCAAAGUUAGAUUGGAUGUUCUGGUCACCUGCAAGUGGUUGUAUGUUGGAGUGCAAUGCUCAUCCUGUUAGCAAUAAGCUGUAAUAUCAGACAGCAUAAUUUAGCCCUGACUUCCUCACUAUACAGAUGCAAUAGCAUGGGUGCUAGCAUACCCUUAUUGGACUACAGAGAUGGAGUGACUGCAUAUGCAAACUUCACAUUCAACACACCUUUGCCUAAGCAAACCUACCACCCUUUUCAGAACCCUUGUCUGUGUCUGUGUGUGUGUGUAUAAGUGAGGGAGAGCUAUGCAAAUGGCCUAUAUGUAUCCUGUGGUCAGUGCAAGGUCUUCAGGGUGACCUCCAGGAGAUUUCACCAUGAAACUGUGACUGACUGACUUUAGACCUCACUUAGUGUGCGGUGUGUAAGUCCAGGCCAGGGAGAGAUAAACUGUCUGCCGUUUUAUUUUUAGAUCCCACAUGCUUAAUGUUUACUCACCUUCAUUUUUUACGGGAGAGAAUUGGCGGUAGAGAAUACUUGAUUGCUGUCACUGUCAGUGGUGUUUACAGAAGCUUUUGCUUUGUUAUUUUUCAGAUUGUCUAGUGUUUGUAAUACUGUUAGCCAGCCCUCCUCCACUGUGGGUGCUGUGAAAACUGUAUCUCUACAACAACCAAUCUAUGGCUGCCUUUAUUUUUUAAACUGACAUUUCUUUAUCUAGACUUGGAUAGGGAAAAAGCAGAUCUGAGUGCUUAUUUACGCCUUCAGACAAUAAACCACUGAUUAGCUUUGUUAGCUUGUGGCCAGGCUUUGGCCAGUGAGUUUCUGUGUGUAAAUCAUACGAUUACGGGAUGUUGGUCUAAGUGGAGGUUUUGUUCGGUGGCAUAUGUCAGCCUAACAAUCUGCAUUGACACAGACUGACAGCACUCUGGCAGUACACAACAGCUAAAAUGUCCCUUCACUGAUUUGUGUGCUUGACAGUGUUGAUUUUGAGUAAAAUAUCCCAAUACUGUAAAUGUAGUUUAAAAAAAAAAAAAAAAAAAAAAACACGCAGACACUUAGUCCUCACUGUCUGUCCUCUAGUCAUGCGGCUACUUCAUUUCACACAAAUCGCCUUGUAUGCAUUUCUUAUGUAUCUUUCGGGGAAUAUGUGGGUGGUUGACAAACUGUUGUGUUGUGUCCACAAUGAAAUAAGAAGUAAAGAGGCAGGACCUCGUUUUAUUUAUUUGAUCUUUUAUGGAUUAUUUUCUGUAAUUGUUCCAUUUUUAUUUUUCUUGCGGGUUGAUGUGAUGAGUUAAUGGGUGACGUAUGACAGACCGUGUUAGAUGCACUGAAUCUUGCAGUUAUGUGUAUUUGUGUGGAGUUGUGAGGUUCAGGUCUGUGUAAACGAGGAGCUGUUCCGUUUCAUUUAAAUGCAGAUUUCCUCCUCAGAAAUGACACGAAUAGCUGGUUCAGAUUAAAUUGAACGGUAGCCUGCUGUGUAUUAAUCUGCUGAACAGACACGUUGGAGGAAGCCAUUUUGUGUGACAACCACAGGAAGAGCAAGAUACCUAAUCAGAACAUGCUAGUGGUCACUGUCUUUCACUGAGCACCUCCUUUAUACAAAUUGAUAAUCAAUGGUGCUGACCUUCCAGAGCUCCCUUUUGAGGGAUUCUGUCUCUACGUGCUUACUGGAACCAAUCCUAACAUCACAAAGGCCAGUAUCAACAGGCAAAACGUCCCUCGAACUUCUAUGGCUCUAAUUAAACUAGAGCAUGCAUUUGUAAUCCUGUUGCCUUUUCAUCCUGCCAGGUGAAGCUAAUUCGUGUUACUUGUUGUUUUGGUUCAUCGCCACAAACAGAAGCACGUGUUUACCUCCUAGCCAACCACUCAGGAGGUGCCCAGUGGAAGCCAUGGACAGUAGCAGCAUUUGUGUUAAGUUUUCUUUUCCACGUGUGUUUGAGUGAAAUGGCUGAACCUUUUUUUGGAGGUCUUUAUUGUCCUCCAUCUAGAUUUUUGUUUUCAUUUUGUUUUUCAGCACUGAUAAGAAAAAAAAAAACAGGUUCUUUUUCUAGUUCUUGACAAUUAAAUGAUACACUGUAUAUUAUACUUUUACAUUGCUUUAAAUUAAAAGCUAGAUGGACAUAUAGCAAAGCCAAAUGGUUUUAGUUUGAGUGUUUCGGGUGAAGAUUCAGACCUUGAGCAACCUCUCCGUAUAAGGCCCUCUGGAUGACGUAGAUAUUCUUUGACUCGCUGUUAGACUUUAUACUCCACGAUAUAGAACGAGCAGUUUCAUCGGCCAACACCAUAAUCAGCAGGACGAUGACGAAGUAACAAGGAGCUUAUCAAUCAAUGCUCUCUUGCUUUUUAUUUUCAACAGGAAAUGGAUUGCUAUCAGUUGGUGAUAAGAGCAUGCUGACUAGUCUUGUUCCUGUUAUAUAUGCUGUACAUGGUCUCAAUCCAGACCAAGACUGAGCCUACUGCUCGCUCAAGAGGCUUCACCAUACCAUAGUCUCACCCGCUCUGAUCCAUUCUAUGCCAGUUUAAAUGAAGGGACCAUUAUUUGGGCAUCUGACAAGACUGGCGGCCUUAAAGCUUCUUAAUUUAUUGCAGUGUUUUUUUCACUCAAGUUUUUUUUUUUUUUUUAUAAGCAAAAAUAUUUAAAUUGAAAAAAGUGCAUAUCAAGAAAAUGAUCAUUGUAAAUAUUGUUGUGUGUAGUGUUUUAGAAAUUCUAUAAGGUCUUAAAAUCACUACAGAUGCUAGCAUAAAGAACAAGGCUUUGGAGGGAUUUGGCUGGGGGUUGAUCCGGUGCCAUUUAAGUGCUAGUGAAGCUUACACAGCGACAUCAAUGUUUUUACAUCACUGCUUCCCAGCACCGCCUUUUUAAAAAAAAUAAAAUAAAAACAUCCAUAUCCCUGAAUUUUAGGUUUCUCUCACAAUCUCUGAGGGGUUCUGCAGUCCAGAGGCCUCCCUGUACUUAACAUGCUGUAGCAGUUAAAGAGACAUAUGAUGGCAGAUGUAUCUUCAGAUGAAGUUCAGUGUCCGUGCGUCUGAUGUCUCUUUGAUGGUGACAGCAGUUGGGUUAAGGUGUAGGUCUGCAGAAAACACUGCAGGAUACCAAUGUGUCAGCCAAAAACACCAUAUGCUUAAUGUAAUGAAACAUAGGCACCCAAACCAGCGACACAAUCCACUCUAAAAUCAACACCGAUUCAAUUUUUUUGUAUGAAAGCUAACUAAUAAAAAAAAGAAAAAGGAUACAGAUAGCUUAAUUAAAAAUAUAUCUUCUCUGAUUGUAAGGAGAGAAAUUCUCCUUGAAUUGAAGCCAUUUGAAGCCACUUGUCAAAACUUGAUGUCAGCCUUAUGUGGAUCUGUUUGUGUAUCGGCAUAUUAUCUUUUGAUUAUUGAAAUUUGUAUGAUGGAGAUUUUCUUUUAUACCAUCAUUGUUAUUGUCAAAGUACACCAAUAAAAUGAAACUUGUAAAGAUACAGUA